AUGGCGACACCUACUUGGACCAUCCCACGGGUUGCUUCCCCGUUGCGAAUAACAUUGAAGAACUCUUGGUCAAUUCGACAGCCAAUCACGCCGGCAGUCUGUACGAGACGGAUGUCUUCCAAGCCAUUCAGGCAUCCAAAACAUGAAGUCAAAGCCAGGACGUUCUUCGACACAUCAUUUGUCCAACAGAAGCGGGCACAAAGCUCCAAUGCCACGCCUGCCCCGAAAUUCUUUACGGAGGAGAACCCAGGGCGCACCGCUUUAUACGAACUUCAUCUACAGAAUGGCGCUAAAAUGGUGCCAUUCGGUGGCUACUCCAUGCCCGUGACAUACUCUGACCUGUCAGUCGGGGAAAGCCACAACUGGACUCGAGAGAAAGCCUCGAUAUUUGAUGUUGGUCACAUGGUGCAAUAUCACAUCGAGGGCCCAGGCGCUGAGGCUUUUCUGGAAUCCGUCACUCCAGCUGGGCUCAAGGAGAUGCAGCCCGGCCAGUCCUCGCUUUCCGCACUGCUCCAUCCCACUGGUGGGAUCGUGGACGACUGCUUGAUCACUCGGCUUGAAGCAGGACCCAAGCAUCUCUUCUACCUCGUCACGAACGCAGGAUGUAGAGAAAAGGACUACAACUUCCUAUCUGCCGGCAUUCAAAACUGGGACAACACCAUCAAUCCUGUAGCUCAUCUGCGACACCUCGAAAGUGACGGCCAACCAUACGGCCUUAUCGCUCUUCAAGGCCCUCUCUCCGGCGGAAUCCUUCAAUCUGUCCUAGCAGAAACCUGCAAAGUCGACGUGGACAAAUGGUACUUCGGCAACAUGAAAUACAUCACCCUCAAUCUUCCUUCGGGAGAAUCCUUGCCUAUCGUUGCCAGCAGAGGAGGCUACACCGGCGAAGACGGUUUCGAGCUUUCCAUCCAUCCUUCGCAAAUUGUAGACGUCACCAAACUUCUCUUCAACACCGCUGGCCCAGACAAGCUGCGCUUUGCCGGUCUCGGUGCACGAGAUAGUCUGCGCUUAGAAGCAGGCAUGUGCUUAUACGGUCACGAUUUGGACGACACAACCACACCAGUCGAAGGAGGUCUCACCUGGAUCGUCGCCAAAUCUCGCCGGUCGGGCGAGCUAGCUAGCUUCAACGGCGCAGAAACCAUCAUUCCACAACUCACGCCCGUCUCCAAAGGCGGCGUGGGAGUUUCGCGGCGCAGAGUAGGUUUCAUUGUCGAAGGGGCACCAGCACGUGAAGGAGCCGAAAUCGUGGACGAAAACGGCAACAAUAUCGGAAAAAUCACAUCCGGAUCUCCCAGUCCGACGUUGAAGAAGAACAUUGCAAUGGGCUACAUAAAAGACGGCAUGCAUAAAUCUGGAACGGAAGUGCAAGUGGUAGUGAGAGGCAAGAAAAGAAAAGCGGUCGUGACGAAAAUGCCAUUCGCGCCCAGCAAGUACUAUAAAGACAAUGCUGGAGCAUAUAAAGGCUGA